UGGAGAAGGGGUUGCAGCCCGAGGGCAGCGCGCGGAGAGUCGGCGAGCAGCGGGAUCCGCGAUGGUGCCCUUGAGGGCCCUGUGGCUGGCUUGGGCGCUGCUAGGAGUGGCCGGAGCGUGCCCAGAGCCGUGCGCCUGUGUGGACAAGUACGCGCACCAAUUCGCCGACUGCGCCUACAAGGAGCUGCGCGAGGUGCCGGAAGGACUACCAGCCAACGUGACCACGCUUAGUCUGUCGGCGAACAAAAUCACCGUGCUGCGGCGUGGGGCCUUCGCCGACGUCACGCAGGUCACGUCGCUGUGGCUGGCGCACAAUGAGGUGCGCACCGUGGAGCUGGGCUCGCUGGCGGUGCUGAGCCAGCUCAAGAACCUCGACCUGAGCCACAACCUCAUAUCCAGCUUCCCAUGGAGCGACCUGCGUAACCUGAGCGCUCUACAGCUACUCAAGAUGAACCACAACCGCUUGGGCUCGUUGCCCCGGGACGCACUCGGUGCACUGCCCGACCUGCGCUCCCUACGCAUCAACAACAACCGGCUUCGUACACUGGCUCCUGGCACCUUCGAUGCGCUAAGCGCGCUGUCACAUCUGCAACUCUAUCACAACCCCUUCCACUGCGGUUGCAGCCUUGUGUGGCUACAGGCCUGGGCUGCGAGCACCCGGGUCUCUUUACCCGAGCCCGACUCCAUCGCGUGCGCCUCUCCUCCUGCUCUGCAGGGGGUGCCGGUGCACCGCCUGCCCGCCCUGUCCUGUGCACCUCCCAGUGUGCAUCUGAGUGUUGAGCCGCCGCCUGAGGCGCCGGGCAGCCCCCUGCGCUCCGGCCUAACGCUCAUGCUACACUGCGUCGCCGAAGGACACCCCACGCCCCGCCUGCAAUGGCAACUUCAGAUCCCGGGGGGCACCGUAGUGUUAGUGCCGCCGAUCCUGAGCGGGGAGGACGACGGGGACGGAGCGGAAGACGGGGAGGAGGAAGGAGAUGGGGACGGGCCAACGCAGACAGAGGCUCCAACCCCGACUCCAGCACCCGCUUGGCCUGCGCCCCCAGCUACCCCGCGCUUCCUGGCCCUUACAAACGGCUCCCUGUUGGUGCCCCUCCUGAGUGCCAAGGAGGCAGGCAUCUACACAUGCCGUGCCCACAACGAGCUGGGUGCUAACUCCACGUCAGUUCGCGUGGCAGUGGCAGCUGCAGGGCCCCCAAAGCACGCUCCUGGAGCAGGGGGAGACCCUGAUGGGCAGGCUCCGACCUCUGAGCGUAAGUCCACAGCCAAAGCCCGGGGCAACAGUGUCCUACCUUCCAAGCCCGAGGGCAAAGUCAAAAGCCAAGGCCUGGGCCGGGUUAGCGUCCUCGGGGAAACACAGGCGGGGCCGGAGGGGGACGAGGAGGCAGGUGAGGGUGAAGAGGCAGAAGACCAGGUCUCAGCUGACCCGGUGGAGCAACGCUGUGGCCACGGGGACCCCUCGCGGUACGUGUCCAACCACGCGUUCAACCAGAGCGCCGAGCUCAAGCCGCAUGUCUUUGAGCUGGGCGUCAUCGCGCUGGACGUGGCGGAGCGCGAGGCGCGGGUGCAGCUGACGCCACUGGCGGCAAGAUGGGGCCCUGGGCCCGGCGGGGCUGCGGGAGCAGGGCGGCCCAGACGGCGGCCAUUGCGUCUGCUCUAUCUGUGCCCGGCGGGGGGCGGCGCAGCAGUGCAGUGGUCGCGUGUAGAGGAGGGCGUCAACGCCUACUGGUUCCGAGGCCUGCGGCCCGGCACCAACUACUCCGUGUGCCUGGCGCUGGCAGGCGAGGCCUGCCACGUGCAAGUGGUGUUCGCCACCAAGAAAGAGUUGCCCUCACUGCUGGUUAUUGUGGCGGUGAGCGUGUUCCUCCUGGUGCUGGCCACCGUGCCCCUGCUGGGCGCCGCCUGCUGCCAUCUGCUGGCCAAACAUCCGGGCAAGCCCUACCGUCUUAUCCUGAGGCCGCAGGCCCCGGAUCCCAUGGAGAAGCGCAUCGCCGCCGAUUUCGACCCGCGUGCCUCCUACCUCGAGUCCGAGAAAAGCUACCCUGCAGGCGGCGAGGCGGGCGGCGAGGAGCCAGAGGAGACCCCCGGGGCGGGCCUUGACGAAGAAGCAGAGCAGGGGGACCCAGGUGGGGGCCUGCAGAGGGAGCAGAGCCUGGCGGCCUGCUCGCUGGUGGAGUCCCAGUCCAAGGCCAACCAAGAGGAGUUCGAGGCGGGCUCCGAGUACAGUGAUCGGCUGCCCCUGGGUGCCGAAGCGGUCAACAUCGCCCAGGAGAUUAACGGCAACUACAGGCAGACAGCGGGUUGA